GUUUAACUUUGGUGUUCUGAUGCUUGACCACUCCACUGUCUGCACUGUUCGGUGCACGUGACCAGACUACAGUUUCGCCAGCGGGUCGGUUACUAUGGUAACGAGAGGCCAGCGACAGUAACUGACGUUCUGUCCUGCUUGAGUUGAUGACGUAAUUCACUAACAUUCCGUCAUGACGUCAUCGUCGCUGGCUCUAUAAACGUUCGGCUCCAGUGAGAGUUCUCAGAACACAUAGCUGCAAACAUGGCAAGCAUACUGCAGAGUUCAGCAAGACUGGUGAUUAGGAACUUUUCUAAACGCAGCACGACUACUACGCUUUCCACCCCCACGCGCAGCAGCACGACUACUACGCCUUCCACCCCCAUGAACAGCAGCAAGAUUACUGCCCUUUCCGUCCCCACUAAAAAGGGUCCGAUAUCCAGCCUGACCCCCUAUACUGGGCGGCUGGAUUCAAAGCUCACAGGGGUAAUCGGUGGGAUGCUGGGGGGUUUCUCAUUCUUUAAAGGCCUCCGUGACUUUAGCUCUCACUCCUACGCCAGUUCUGUGUUGAAAGAGAAACAGGUCUUUGCUACACAGAAAGAAAUAAUAAAAGUCUAUAGCCCGGUAGUGAGCGAUGAGGUGGAUUGGAAGCAGUAUGACAUGGUUACCCCUACAGUGCCCUGCUCUUCUGCUCCUUUCAGACCCAUUAAACAAGGACUUUACUAUGGCCUGACUGCAAAGGUGGGGCCGGGCUAUAUUGCAGAGCGGGGGGGGUUCUCAUUGAUUAAACGCCUCUGUGAUUUUAGCUCCCGAUCCUUCUACACCAGUUCGGUAAGUAGUAAGAAGCAGGACUACUACAGUGUGCUCGGGGUUUCCCGCACCGCUACACAAGGAGAGAUCAAGGAAGCUUAUAAACGGUUGGUUAAAGAAUACAAUCCUUACACCAAACCAGGAGACCCUCAGGCAAAAGAGAAGUUUGCCAUGGUAGUCGAAGCAUUUGAGGUCCUGAGCGACGAGAAAACGAGAAAGAUGUACGAUGAUUAUGGGUCAGCAUGGCUUAGACUUUAUGCAGCUCAGCAGCAGUUUGGAAGUGGUGCUGACACUGCUGAUGAUGUUGAGCUCAUCAGGGAGACCUUUUUGGAUUUUGCUAAGGACCAGGACUCUGAGGACUUUGCCCCAGCAUUAGAUAAUGUGGUGGAAUUGACGUUCACUGAGGCAGUUAAGGGAGUGUAUAAGGACAUCGCUGUGGACCUCUUUGGCAGCUGUCCACGCUGUGGGGGCACAGGUCAUCACCUGGGCACCGAAUUCUCAGAGUGCCCCCAAUGCGACGGCAGUGGCAAAGAGGUCUCUGGCCCAUUCCUGAUGACUGAAACAUGUAAAAAGUGUGAUGGGUCCGGCAUCGUCAUGAGCUCACGGUGCUCGCUGUGCAAGGGAACAGGCCAGACCAGACAACAGAGCACCGUUAGUGUAGCCGUCCCAGCCGGGGUGAAGGAUGGUCAGUCUGCGUCAAUUUCAGUAGGCAAGAAGAUGAUUGAAGUCACUUUCAGAGUCGAGGAGAGUCCUAUGUUCCGGCGGGACGGAGACGAUGUCCACUCUGACAUGGUGAUCUCAGUGGCUGAUGCCAUACUUGGAGGAACAACUCGAGCCCAGGGUCUCUACGGAACCAUUGAUAUACCAAUUCCUCCUGGAACUCAGGUAGAUGAGAAGAUCCGGUUGGCUGGUAAAGGCUUUGCCCACAUAAACAGCUCUAGCUUUGGAGAUCACUACGUUCACAUCAAAAUCAGAGUGCCCAGGAAGAUAAGCCCUCUGCAACGAAAAUUAAUUGAGAGCUUUGCUGAAGAGGACAGGAGAUGGGGUUCUGAAACAUGGAGCUCUUAUGAAAAUGAAGAUAAAAAGAAAGAGGAAUAGCAGCCCGGCACUUUAUAGAAAAACUAAAACCAAAAGAAAACUAUAAAACCAUAAAAAUAAAAAUCAUAAUAAAAAUAAUACAGUAAGAACUAAAUAUAAAUACAUUGUGAAAUAAAUUAAUGAGGCAGUGUGUGAAAGCAGGAAAAUUUGUAGAGCAUUGGAGGAAUUCCAUUAUCAUCCAGGAGGAGGUGCUGUUACACUGCCUCACACACACUUCACCCUCCAACCCUAGACCACACUGCCUGAUCUGGGAGCAGUAUAUAUCAGCAGUAAUCACUGACAUAGUAAGAUGAGCUGAUUCCAGACCCAGAUGUUGUAAUGGCAGUCCUGCCAAAGCAACUACAGUUCUAACAGCGUUUCUGUUCUGAGAGGAACCUGAGAGCAUGUCUGAACAUACUGUGUUUGUAUAAAGGGGGUGUGUCAUGAGUCACCUUUUAUUCAGCCAUAGUUUAUGGUUAGUCAACCUUAAUAAGAGACUUUGUUGAGUAUAAACAAGCAGCUCUUUGGCUGGCUAUUCGUGAUUUAUGAACCGAGAAAGUAUGAAGUACUAUCACGUCAAACACAACCUGAACGGAGCCCCAGAAAGUCACGUUGUAUUUACUUAGGUAUAGUUGAUUAAUGAGAGUUGGGAACACGGAUAUUGUGACAUAUUGUGAACCUCUAACAGUGUUGUGUCCUCUUUGAAAAUAAAAUAACCUGUGGAAGUUGAAAAGGUGGUGCAUCAAAAUUG